GGCUGCUAAACGAAAAUUUAACGAUUAUCUAUGCGCAUUCGAAGAACUAGAGGUUGAAGCUGGGUUCGCCCCCCUCGACUUUCCAGUUUUCAACGUUUUGACAGGAAAAUUUUUGCCUAUAGCGAAUUCAUCGGAAACAGAGGUUUUCUCACCACUGCUUCCAUGUACAUCAGCGGAAGUUAAUAAACC